AAAGGCAGAGAGAGAGGAGCGGAAAGGGACUUGCAUCCAGAGCAUCUUUUUUCUCUGCCAGCAGCAAUGGAGAGGGAGGUCAGAUUUUGCCCGAAGUGGCACAGUGCGCUUUGGUUUUUGCUUUUGGUGAUAUUCUCUGUAUUUCAUGCCGCCAAAUCAGAGAUAACUUGCAGAUCAUGCCAGCCCGGGAGUCAGUGGCGUGCACAGGAAUUACUGCUGAAAUUUGACAAAAGUGAAUUCGCAACAGGGUUUACAUCGCAAGUUUUUGAAAAUGGGGACGGGGCAGGGAGAGCCGACCCGGCAGGUGCCGAAAGUCGGCGGCUCAGUUGCGCAGCUGGGUCCGCUGGAUGCCUUCGGAACCGUGCGGAAUACACCCAGCCAAGGCUAAAACGGAAUACUGACAGUUUUCGUUCAAAAGAGGGGACUUCGGUCGGUGAGAGUGAGUUUGCCCUGCGAAAGAUGAAAGUUUCUGAUGCCAAAAUGAGUGGUCAGCAGAUGACGGGUGUCGGGAGAGCUCGCCCGGGUUUAGCCUCUGCCAUCCGGUACAAAAAGCGAACGAGAAGGAACAGUGGUGACCGGGGGGAUAAUAAAGCCACGUCCCCCGAUUACACCAAGAGCGAAGACCCGGGAGAGGGCAUCACUUCUCCGGCUGGGCGCAGAGUGACGCGCUCUGAAUUACGCUGGAGCGGCGAGGACCGGAGAGCGGCUGCUUCCAGGCAGGAGGAGCUCAAACUCGCCAGUUCCACCUUCGCCUUGACCGGGGAUUCAGCUCACAACCAGGCCAUGGUGCACUGGUCCGGCCAGAACAGCAGCGUGAUUCUGAUGCUGACCAAACUGUUUGACUUCAACCUCAACAGUGUCACUGAGAGUUCGUUGUGGAGGUCAACCGACUACGGAGCGACGUACCAGAAGCUGAAUGAGAAAGUGGGAGCAAAGACAAUACUCAGUUAUUUGUACGUCAGCCCCAACAACAAGAGGAAGAUCAUGCUGCUGACUGACCCGGAGGUGGAGAGCAGCCUCCUGAUCAGCUCUGAUGAAGGAGCCACCUACCAGAAGUACCGGCUCAGCUUCUACAUCCUGAGCCUGCUCUUUCACCCGGAGCAGGAGGACUGGAUCCUGGCCUACAGCCACGAUCAGAAGCUCUACAGCUCGGUGGAAUUUGGAAGGAGGUGGCAGCUGGUGCACGAGAGAGUGGCACCCAACCGCUUCUACUGGUCGAAAAUGGGUUUGGACAAAGAACCGGGCUUAAUUCACCUGGAAACCAGCAUCUCUGAAGGACAGGCGCUGUACGUCACCUGCAAGCUGCAGAACUGCACCGACGCCAAUAAGGGCAAGCCAUUCCCCGGCUACAUUGACCCCAAUUCCCUGGUGGUGCAAGAUGAGUAUGUGUUUGUCCAGGUGUCAACCGGGGGGCGGCCAAUUUACUACGUGUCCGCCAAAAGAGAUGUCUUUACCCCCAUGAAGCUACCAAAGUACACCCUGCCCAAGGACCUGCAUGUGAUCAGCACAGAUGAAAACCGCGUGGUGGCGGCCGUCCAGGAGUGGAACCAGAACGAGACCUACAACCUGUACGUGUCGGAGACAGCCGGGGUCUUCUACACUCUGGCCCUGGAGAAUGUGGUCAGCAGCAUGGGCCCCGAGGGCAAUGUCAUGGUUGACCUGUACGAGGUAGCAGGGAUCAAAGGGAUGUUCCUAGCCAACAAAAAGACGGAUAACCAAGUGAAGACGUACAUCACCUACAAUAGGGGGAGAGACUGGAGGUUACUCCAGGCCCCAAGCAAAGACCUGAGGGGCAACAACAUCCACUGUGUGCUGCCAUACUGUUCAUUACAUCUCCAUCUCCACGUGUCUGCCAACCCGUACACAUCUGGGAACAUCGCCAGCAAGGACUCCGCACCUGGGAUCAUUGUGACAUCAGGCUCCAUUGGCGCUGAGCUGACCAGCACCAACGUCAGCGUGUUUAUCACCUCGGAUGCGGGCAACACAUGGAGACAGAUCUUUGAUGAGGAGUACGCCGUGCUGUACCUCAACCAAGGAGGAGCCCUGGUCGCAAUAAGACACACUCCACUUCCCAUCCGACACCUAUGGUUAAGCUUUGAUGAAGGUCGGCAGUGGAACAAGUACAGCUUCACUAACUCGCCUCUGUUUGUGGACGGGGUGCUCGGAGAGCCUGGGGAAGAGACUCUCAUCAUGACUAUAUUCGGCCAUGUCAGUCAUCGUUCCGAGUGGCAGCUGGUGAAGAUAGACUUCAGGUCCAUUUUCAACCGGAGGUGUACGGAGGCGGAUUAUCAGACCUGGCACCUGCACAACCAGGGUGAGCCGUGCCUCAUGGGAGUGAAAAGAAUCUACCGGAAGGUGAAGCCCACAGCCAGGUGCGUUAUGGGAAAGACGUACACUGUCUCGAUGACCUCAGGGCCCUGUGACUGCACAGAGGCUGACUUUGAAUGUGAUUAUGGCUAUGAAAGGCGAACUGAUGGCAAGUGCACCCCUGCCUUUUGGUUCCAUCCAUCAUCAAUGUCCAGGAGCUGCACCACAGGAAUGACUUUUCUGAACAGCACUGGCUACAGGAAAGUGGUUUCUAAUAACUGCACAGCUGGAGUCAUUGCGGAGUACACAGCCAGGAGGCAGCAGUGUCCCAUCCAGGCACCCAAAGGUCUCCACCUGGUCACCAGCGAAGGCACGCUGACAGCCACGCUUGGCACCAACGUUACCUUCCUCGUCUUCCUGGAGGAGGGCGACGGGGCGAGGACGAGCAUCACGUUGGACUUCGGCGACGGCCACGCCCUCACCUACUCCAACGUGAGCUCCAUCGAGGACGGGAUCAAGCACGUCUACAAAGCGGUGGGGAUCUACAGGGUGACCGCCACCGGGGAGAACAGCCUGGGGUCAGAGAGCGCCGUCCUCUACCUGCAUGUCACAUGUCAGCUGGAGUAUAUCCAUCUCGCGGCUCCCUUUGUGGCAGUGAAGAAUAAGGAAGUGAACCUGACUGCUGUGCUGCUGCCCAGCCAAGUGGGAACGGUCACCUACAUCUGGUGGAUCGGAAAUAACACAGAGCCCGUAAUCACCCUGGAGGGAAGUGUGGCAUGUACGUUCUCCAGGGAAGGCAUCAAUACAGUCACCGUGCAGGUGUCUGCGGGGAACACUAUUCUGCAGGACAGAAAAACCAUCGCUGUCCACGAAUAUUUCAGAUCCCAUCUGCUCGCCUUUUCAUCAAAUCUGGACGACUACAACCCCGACGUGGCAGAGUGGAGGCUCGACGUGAGCCGUGUUAUCAAGAACUCUCUGAUCCAGGCCACGGGCGUGAGAGAGGAUCAGCUUCUGGUCACCAUCCUGCCAGGUCUGCCCACAGCAGCAGAGUUUUUCCUUUUGCCAGACAAACAGUUAACUGAGGGGAAGCCAGAGAAGAGCGCUGCUCAUUUAGAUCAGCUCUCUGAGGUUUUGCUCAGUGCCUUGAAUCAAAACCUCGUGCGGUUCACGUUGCGGCCCGGGGUCCAAGUCACAGUGUACGCAGCGCACCUAUCAGCAGCGCCGCUCGUGGACACCAGCGAGAACCACAGCGGCUCGGCCAUGCUAAUGCUGCUAUCGGUAGUGGUUGUGGGAUUAGCUGUAUUUGUCAUCUACAAAUUCAAAAGGAAGAUCCCAGGCCUCAACGUCUAUGCGCAGAUGCAGAACGAAAAAGAACAAGAAAUGAUAAGUCCAGCAAGACCAACGGAGAGCACGCCCGACUCACAGCGGGACUUGGUGACUUCUUUGGAAAUUCUGGACACAGAGUUCAACACGCGGCCCAUCGGAUGUAUGAAACCUCACGUACAUGUGAAAUUCUCAACAGAGCUCCCCACAUACAUUGUCUAAUCUCUGGAUCGGAUUACUCGUCCAGCUGUGCCAUUGAUUUUUUUUUUCCUUUUUUCUUUUUUUUUUUUUUUAACCAUUCGGGACUCAAUGGUUUUGAGCUUUAUACCUGUGCAUGUUGGACCUUGCUGACACAUACUGUGCUCUGUGAAAACCAGAAGAAACUGUGUACAGG